AUGUUGCUGUACAUUUUUUACGGGUUUAUGCUCGGUGUUCUAACGGCUCCAAUUCUGGUAGAAAUCGUGAUGUUGUACCUGAUUGAAAGAUUUGGACGCUCGAGACACUCUUUCAAACCUGACAAAGUGAGAAUGACGCCUCGCCAGAAAGAUAUAUUCAAACAGUCAGUACAUGCCACAAAGGACGUUGCCUGGUUCAACAUAUGGAUGCAGCGGCACUGGUAUGAGCUCGCCCAUUCAUAUGCCCACAAAGACAGGCUCACCCGGAUUAUUCUGAAAAAACUGAAUGUUCUGAAGCGGAGAAGGAUUGCAAAGGAUGUAGUUGUAGAAGACGUGGAGAUAUCGGUCGAAGCACCUAUAAUAGAGAGUGUGACUGUACUGACGCCAUCACAGUACAACGAUAUCAUGAAUGAUUGUAGCACAAAGAUGGAAAAAAGUGCGACAGAACAGAAGGAAGAUAUGCUGAGUUGCGAGCUGAAUGUUAAUGAUGAAUUCUUCGACUGCGCUGAGAAACGCAGAUACACGGGUAAAACUGCUAAUACGGAACAAAUCGGCACAUGUGAAAGCGGGUAUCAUAAGAUUGAUGAUGAAGAUGAUGGCAUGAAUGUUUGUAGAAGACCGUUUUUUGGCAAUAAUGGGGAUCAAUUUUCCCCAUUACGAAACUGUUCUGCCAACAGAUCGACGUGUGCAGGCGUGCACAAACAGCCCACUUCUAAAACGAUAUUCAGCGAUUCUGACUUCAACUUCAAUCAGGUGUUUCUCCUCGUUGAUCUAAAAUAUCAGCAGUAUUCAACAUUUCACAUCAAAAUUUUUUUUCUUGGUGAUUACAAAUUGGAGACUCUGUGCUCGCUCGGGAAUUUUGGCGGUAAGGCACUGGUAAGAAUGCCGGCCAACAAUCAGAAAAACAAAUGGGAACUAUCUUUUCUAGAGAAUCCUCACUUCGAUAUACGUAUUGACGCAUUCGUUGGGCAUGCUAAUAGUAUGAAACAGUAUUUAAACCGUGUGUUUAGUCUGUUUGUCAGGCGAAUGUUGUAUCAUUCGCUAUGUAGACAGAUGGUCUUUCCGAAUUUUCAUUCACUGUUGAUUCCAAUGGUCUCCUCAAACCUAAAGUAUGUGGACCACAAGAUAAACGAAUUUGAUGAGCUGAGAUACGAGGAGUGGAGCAGAAAUCUUGCAAACAGGCUCUUUCUAUACGUAUCAAUGAACUAUAAGAUCACCAGAAAGAAUGACACUGUCACGGUACGGCGUAGCAAUGCUUAUAUUAAUGGGGAAAGUGAUCGCAUUAAUCUCCUGGAGAUUGACUUUAGAAACGACUCCGCCGAAAAACAUCCGAAAAAUGAACACGAAACUGACCAGAAUAAUGUGCAAGAGAAAAUUUCAGGAAAGCAUACGACCGAUGAUUUUCCAGUAUCUCGUCACGACGGUACCUUAGAGAAGCCAAAAAAGUCAGAUUAUAAGCCAGUGAAGGAAUUUACAGAUGAAAAAACGCACGGUCUACCAAAUAUUGAGGAGAAGGAUCCCAGAAAUGGAUUUGGUUCUGUGGUAAAUGAAACUGUGUUUACCCGCAAUGUGGCAAAACAGAUCAUUAAUAUUGGCGAAAUUGAUAAUAUCUCAAGGGGAUCGCAGAAGAUCGUGGACGAAAUGAGACUGAUUACGGAUAUGGAGAGUCCAUAUCUAAAUAUUCUAUCGUAUUUCUACAAUUUAAGUAUAUUCAAGUAUAUCAUGCACGAUUUUUUGUACCUUAAGGUGAGCCGAAAAUUUAACGAAAGGAUAAGUUUGGUGAGGCUAUACUUCAAAAAGAAUGUUUUUGACUACGUCAGGAUUAUAAGAAACAACGUAAUUCUGUUUCAGCGAAACUCAACCCACGAACCAGAAUUCUUUCUGAUCCGAAUGGAAGGCGCUAAAUUACAAAUAUUUUACUACCUGAUCAACCCGGUGUUCCUCUUCAGUUUCAAGAAGGGACACAAGAUAAGAGAAUGUAUCCUGAACAGAAAAGUAGAUGGGGAAGAACCUGACAUAAAAGUGACAGAGAUGGAAAGUCGCGACACACGGAACGAUAUACGCAAAUUUAAGAGAAUGAUUGAGCAGAAGGAGGGCCUGGUAACAAAAGUCGUCAGUUUCGACAUUUCUUCCAAGAAUCUUAGAGAUAUUCUUGAUGAUCCCGUCAUCAGAUUCCGGUUAAUGGGAAUGGUGGUUAAAAUCAUGGAUGUACAACAGAUAAGCGAAAACACAUCGUUGUAUUUCGUGAAAUCGCGUGACAAGCCCGAUGAAAUGGUAAAGAUCUUGAGUUUCUGCGAUGACUCACGAAUUAUUGACGCCGAAACAUACAGCAAAGACUUAAUCUGCUUUUACACGGUCAAACAGCUAAAUGGAGAAAGCCAGCUCGAAGUGAGUUUCAGCCAGUUUCUCGAGACAUACCUGCGCCGGUUCUUUAUCUCGCCCGUUAUGAUAAAGGCCAAGUUUUACCGACCUGAUUUUAAACCACUUUUGCUGAAUUUCGCAUACGACAAAAGCAUCGAAUACAAGUUCCGGUGUGACACGGGUAGCAUCAUGUUCGAGAUGUACAGCGAGAUUGCCGAUGAUUUCUACAUAACCAUAAAAAUAGACAAGGAGGUACUGUUCAGCAACCUGAAGAUAAUAACAACAAGAAAGAAUCGGCUUGUUAUCACAAUAAGUAGAAUAGGCGAAGUAAAAAUACAUAUUAGGCCCAAGACAGCUAAGCAUAGAAAGUUCUACUUGACGAUUGCACAGAUGAAGAAAAAGGUGGAGAAGGGACAGAACGAGUUUAUGAUGGACAUUGUAACAUCUCUAGGUACAAAUAAGAGCAUAGAACCAAAAAUAGCGGUUGGCAUGGGCAAUAUCAUAUUCUGGGAUCUGGAAUACGACGAGGAUCUGAUAAAAAUGGUCAGUUCAAAGAAUUAUAAGUCCAUGAUCAGCGGGUUUGGGAUUCUGAUCGGUGAGGAUGAUGUUUAUAAAGUAACGAUAAAAAACGAGGGCCUGAAGAACAGAAGCAUACGACUUUGCUUAGGAUCGACUGCAAACAGGCUGUAG